UUGAGCUUUCAGUUCAGCGUUUAGAGUCGAGGAGAUCGCGACGGUUCGAUUUCUCUCCGUUUCACGUACCGCAACGUAUUCGGGUUGUGGAUAUACGCGCGAUUUUCGAAUUUUCAUCAGUUGUGAGAAAGUUUUUUUUAUUUUGGUUUGGGGACGUUUUCUUUGAAAUUUGGUGAACUGUGAGUUGGAUAUGAGGAUUUAUUAGUGUGGGUUUUAGUUUUCUUAGGACUUUUUUGAUAAUGCACAAAUUAUAACCUCUUCUACUAGUAGACUAACAUCACCAACAAAAACCAUCAUGGAAAUCUCCCAAAGAUUUUUGAUAGUGUUCCUAUACCUUUUAAGGUUAGUGUACAGUGCGCGAUGGGCUCAUUCCACGUACUUGAGCCCGGACUAUCGGCUCCUGUGGUCCCUGGGACCGGGACCUCAGGACAUCACUUUCGAAUUACAAGUUAGAACUAUGGGAUAUGUUGGAUUCGGCUUUUCCAAGGAUGGUAGGAUGGCCGGAAGCGAUAUGGUUAUCGGUUGGGUCGAUCAUGGACAAGUGUAUUUUCAGGACCGGCAUGUAAAAGAUUCACCUGGAAGCGCUAUGGAUAGGGAGCCAGAGGUGGAUCCCAGCCAAGACUACCAACUACUACUCGGAUACGAAAAUAGCACCCAUACGGUCCUAAGAUUCCGGAGAAGAUUGGAUACUUGUGACCACCACGAUAUCCCCAUUACAAACGAUACAAUGCGAAUAGUGUGGGCUUUCCACAAAGACGAGCCGGCAGGUGGCGCGGUUGGCCCGAAGUCUUUGCCACGUCACGAGUUGGCAAACAGAGGUGCGCAAUCGCUCUUUUUGGUGCAACGCGCAGAUCAAGAUGCGCCCAGUCCCGAAGAGCCGGUGCAUGUGUGGGAAAUGAGGAAUCCCGCUGUUGAGCCGCCCAGUAUCCCUGGGGAUACCCUGGUUUGGUGUCGAGUGUUUAAGAUUCCAUCUAUCAUUAAUAAGAAGCAUCAUUUGAUAAGGUACGAACCUCUUCAAAGCGUCUCAGGAACAAACGGGCUUCAACACGUAGUCCUCUACGAAUGCCAAGACAAUCCCACAAUAAAGGAGAUGGCCGACACUCCAGGCAAACAAUGCCACGAUGGACACACCCAACCUUUCAUGUGCAAUACAGUCGUGGCUAGUUGGGCUAAAGGCUCUGAAGGUUUCAGCUUCCCUCCUGAAGCCGGAUACCCUCUGGAAGCGACCAACAAGUACUAUCUCAUGGCCACACACUAUACUGUUCCUAUGGAUAGUAACGUGGGCUCCAUAGAUGGCUCUGGACUAAGACUCUUCUACACACCACAAUUACGUAGACAUGACGCAGGAGUGAUUUCUAUCGGGAUGGACCCCAACUGGCGCCACAUAAUCCCCCCGGGACAAAACCGCGUGAUUUCUUCGGGACAUUGCGUGGCCGAGUGUACUCGCCAAGCGUUCUCGCAUUCCGGUAUUAACAUGUUCGCGGUGGUGAUGAAAACUCAUAAAAUCGGCAAACAGGUGUCUCUUAAGCAUAUUAGGGGUAACGCCGAGCUCCCUCCGAUCGCGAGUGACGAUAACGUCGAUUCGGAUUAUCAGGAGUACAGGAAACUCGGGGUGCCAGUGAAAAUUUUACCUGGAGAUCAUUUAAUUACCGAGUGCACCUAUAACAGUUCCGGUAGGAGUGCUAUUACGCUAGGAGGGUUGACUAGUCGGGAGGAGACGUGCUUGGUUAUGGGCCUGUACUAUCCGAAGCAAACCAAGUUGGCCUCAUGUCACAGCUUACCGAGUUUACCCACUGUGUUGCACUCGUUAGGAAUCCAAGAACUUAGUCCGGGUUCCAAUCCAGUUCGGAUAGCAUCACCACCAGAACUAGCAGGAAUGAGCCUCGAAUCCAGAUUGGUCUCCUACGACUGGGAUAAUCAAUUCGAAAGUUUCCAAGAAGCCACCAUGAUGGGCUCCUUUAAACCGAUCUGUUGGACGUCGCAGCUGACUUUACUACCGGGUACAGAACGAGACGCCCACUAUCCAGAAAUCACCAAACCCUACGUACGCUCAACAGCCGAUCAAUGCAACUAUCGGAAAUACAGUACAGAAGGUUGGCCGGGUGGAACCUCCAUCAUCGACAUCGACGGGAAUCAUAUAGAAGGUGCGACGCGCAGCAAGGUAUCGCGCAGCAGCAGCAGUCCUGCGCAACACGAAGAAUCGAUGGGUCUGAGCAGGUACAACUCUGUGCCCACGCUCAGAAUCUCGAUAGUUCUGAGCAUGUGGGCGGUUGUGCUGUUAUUGGUUUAUCGUUGAACGGAUCCAGGCCGUAAUAGAUGUUUUUUUUGUUUUUAAUUGUGAUUGCAUGGACUGGUUGAUGUGCAACCGUUGAUUAUUUUUUAUCGAUUUUGUUGUAAUGAUGAUUCAGUCAUGUCUGUACUAGUCUUUGUCGGCCAGAAUGGUGUAAUAUAUAUUCGUUUUUAGGAGCGAUGGUUGUUGGUUAGGGCGUUAAAGAGCGAGGGAGUGUCUCAGGCUGGAAUGGGGUUGAAAAUGAGGUUUUUUUUUGGUAUUGGCGUUUCGAGGCUGCAAUAAGUUGAUUAUCUAAAUAUUUUAAAGCUACUCAUCUAAAAUUAUUUUAUGCCUAAAGAAAGUUAUAAGAUGUAAGGUUUUCUUGAAAUUUAUGGACUGUUCUAUUCAUACUUUCUAGAAAAAAAGGAUGUUCCUAUCAAAAAACCAAAACAUGCCAAUUAGUUCUUUAUUUUAUAAAAAAAAAGUUAGUAAAUCUAGGCUUAUUUGCGCUCUCAUGAAACUCCCAAAACACCAAAUAUUAUAACGCGUAUUUUAUUAUCUUUUUACUCAUCAUAGGCGUGAAAAUAGUCAUUAAAAGUUUAAGCGAGGACAAUCACAUAUAGGAAUUUUAAUAAGAAGCUAAAACAGGUUCUAUGCUAAACAUAUAAAAUGUGAUAAAUUUUACUCUACAUAAAAAAAACGUAAUAAAUGAGAUAAGCUAACCGCUGUUUGCAAUUAAUAUUCCGGUAAUGAGAUAACAUUUAUGUUUAUUCAUGAAAGCAUUAUAAAUAAAAAAAAUUUGAUUAAAAAAAAAAGAAAUUAAUUUGAAAUUUUACAAAGAAUGACUUUUAACCGUAGCAGCGACGUUCAUUAAAUCCAGGUACACGAAAUUUAAAAAAUAAUUUUGAACGGCGUUAUUAAAAAGCGCGGUGGCCUUAAAUUUAAUUUCGGCUUGUCAGAGGCAUUUUUUAAUGAACAAAAAAAAACCCGUUGACCGUUUUCGAAACAUUUUCCUCCUUUAUAUCGCGAGCUAAAAUUUUCAUUGUGGCAUUUUGAUUGAUUUUAAACGGUCUUUUGUCUAUGUCACCGUUUCACAGUGGUCUGAUAUCCAACAUUUGCGGACAAAACUCCUAAAUUUGUAAUAACCAAGUCGAAAUGUACAUGUACACCCAAGAACUUUGAGGCAGCUGAAUUCACAAAUUUGAGGUCAAAAUUCGAAAUGGCGCCCAAAGACCUAUAUAAAAAAAUAGCGUUUUAAAUCAGAAUCAACUGUCAUUUAGCUUUUUAAGGUUACUAGUAAUUUCUUUAGAAGCUACUAGUUUUUUUUCAGAUACCGCUAGUUUCUUCUAUUAUACAUUUCGAAUUGUGUUUAAUUUAUGUCCCACUAGUAAUUUUUUUAGAAAGCCUUAGUUUCUUUUAGGAUAAACUGCUCUUCUUUUAACUACAAAGAUAACACAUUUGAUUUUUUUUCGGGAACCGCUAGUUUCUUUCUUCAAACAAUUUGAAUUAUCAUGUAUGUAUGAUGACCUACUAAUAAUUUUUCUAGAAACCCCCAGUUUCUUUUACGAUAACUUUAUACAUCAACUACAGAGAUCAGACAUCCCUCUAGUCUUAUUUUUUGGCAACCGUUAAUUUCUUUAUACGCUAUUUUUUAUACGCUUUGAAUUAGCUUCUAUAUAUUAUGAUGACCUACUAGUACUUUUUUUAGAACCCCUAGUUUUAUCUCGCAGCGUCUGAACAAUAUAAGUCGAAAACUUUUAUGUUAAUAUUAAAACCACUCGAUAGAACCUGUAGUGUAACAUGAAAAUGUUUGUUUAAAUUUUCGUCGCUGCUGAGAAUUUUAGCAGCAAUUGUCGAGUCGAGUAGUAUUUCCGUUAUUGAAAAUUUCGAUUUGCUUUGAUCGGUCAACAAGGGGCUGCAGUUGCUUGUUUUACAUUUUCCUUAUGAAAUAACUAUUAUUUUGUAUCAAUUUUGUACCCGAUAUGCAGUAGGCAUUUAAAGAACCUUGUUAUAGCUAGGAUAAUUAUUAUCUAGCCUGAACGACUAGUUUUUGCGUUUUAUUGAUGUAAUAGAAUUCUUUUAAAGUAGACUUAUAUACCGAACAUCGCAAUGAAGAGGUAGUUUUCGUUACGGUGUUAGAAACCUUAUGGUAAUCAUAGUAAAAGCCAACUUGUAAGAGACUAAAAUUGAUGGGGAAUACUCAUAGUAAACCAAGAAAGCUAGAAAAGGAGAAUAAGGAGUUAGUUGCCUGUGGAUAUGACGUUUUUCGUUCAUGGUUGAUGCCUGGCCCUCAUGUUUGAAUUGUAGUCGAAUUGGCGACAGGGAGAAGAGACUCCCGGUUUCUUCCACAUAAUAAUGUCGGAGCCUAAGUUUUCUCAACAUGAUAAACUGUUUCUAUCUUAACUACGAAAAUAACCCACUAGUUUUUUUCACUAACCACUAGUUUCUUGCAUUAUAUAUUUCGAAUUGCUUAAUUUAUGACCUACUAGUUAUUUUUUUAGAAACACCUAGUUUGUUUCAUGGUAAACUAGUUCUAUUUUAGCUUUCAAGAUAACCCCCUAGUUUUUUUUAGAAACCGCUAGUUUCUUCGUGCAGUUUAUGAGCCACUAGUAAUUUCUCUUAAAACCCCUAGUUUGUUUUAUGAUGAACUGGUUCUAUGUUAGCUACGAAAAUAACACACUAGUUUUUUUUCACGAACCGCUAGUUUUAUCUGUUAUAUAUUUCGAAUUGGGUUUAAUUUAUGACCUACUAGUAAUUUUUGUUUCGAUUUUAUCUAUGAAGAUAACCCACUAGUUCUUUUUUCAGGAACCACUAGUUUCUUCGUUCAGUUUAUGAGCCACUAGUAAUUUCUUUAAAAGCCCCUAGUUUCUUUUAUGAUAAACUGGUUCUAUUUUAACUACGAAAAUAAGCCACUUGUCUUUUUUUACGAACCGCUAGUUUUAUCCAUUAUAUAUUUAGAAUUGUGUUUAAUUUAUGACGUACUAGUCAUUUUUGUUUCUAUUUUAACUACGAAGAUAACUCACUAGUUCUUUUUUCAGGAACCACUAGUUCCUUCGUUAAGUAUAUGGGCCACUAGUGAUUUCCUUAGAAACCCCUAGUUGGUUUUUCUAUAAACUGGUUCUAUUUUAGCGAUGAAAAUAACCCACUAGUUUUUUUUCACGAAUCGCUAGUUUUAUCUAUUAUAUAUUUCGAAUUGAGUUUAAGUUAUGACCUACUAGUAAUUUUUGUUUCGAUUUUAUCUAUGAAGAUAACCCUCUAGUUCUUUUUUCAGGAACCACUGGUUUCUUCGUGCAGUUUAUGAGCCACUAGUAAUUUCUCUUAAAACCCCUAGUUUGUUUUAUGAUGAACUAGUUCUAUGUUAGCUACGAAAAUAACACACUAGUUAUUUUUCACGAACCGCUAGUUUUAUCUAUUAUAUAUUUCGAAUUGAGUUUAAUUUAUGACCUACUAGUAAUUUUUGUUUCAAUUUUAUCUACGAAGAUAACCCACAAGUUCUUUUUUCAGGAACCACUAGUUUCUUCGUUCAGUUUAUGAGCCACUAGUGAUUUCUUUAAAAACCUCUUGUUUCUUUUAUGAUAAACUGGUUCUAUUUUAACUAUGAAGAUAACCCACUCAUUCUUUUUUCAGGAACCACUAGUUUCUUUGUUAAGUAUAUGAGCCACUAGUGAUUUCCUUAGAAACCCCUAGUUUGUUUUUCCAUAAACUGGUUCUAUUUUAGCUACGAAAAUAACCCACUAGUUUUUUUUUCAUGAUCCGCUAAUUUGUUUCAUUAUUUAUUUCGAACUGUGUCUAAUUUAUAACCUACUAGUAAUUUUUUUUGAAUCCCCUUGUUUUUUUAUGAAAAUCUUUAUAUUUUAACUACGAAGGUAAGAUAACUACCUAGUUUAUUUUAGCAACUGCUAGUUUCUGCCUUCAUAAGCUUUGUCAAUUAGCUUCUAUAUGAUGACCCACUAGUAACUUUUUUUAUAAACCCCUAGUUUAUUUUUUCAUACACUUUCGCAUUCAAAGCAUUGUUUUAUUUAUUUGCAUUAUUUUAAUUGCAUUUUAAUUGCAUUAUUAUUUAUAUCUAUUUAAAGAACCGCCAAUUUGUCUCUUAAUACAUUUUCGUACGGUUUAGAGGUAUCUUACCUCGGGUGGUAAUAUUUGAUUUUUUUUCGGUUUUUGAGCAUUUUAGACCACUGUGGUUUGACAAAAAAAAAUAUUAAAAAUAAAAACUUUUCUGGUCUAUUAAUAAUCCGAGCUUCAUUAAACCUUUCUGCAUGUUUAACAAACCGGGGAAUACAGACGAAACAACAACAAAAAAAAUAAUAAAUCAAAAUUAAUAAUUUCGAGCCAGGGGUUAUUAAUGUCCAAGUAAAUAAAGCUAUGUCAGCGCACGCGAAAACGAGAAUUACGACUGGUUCUACCCCGGAAUGGGACGCUCCCCCGUUCUUUUAUUUUUUUUGUUUAUUAAAGCGAUUUUAAUAUACGACGGCGAUUGUCGCGAUUAAAGGUCUGUGAUGUUAUUGUAGCUUAUAGGUUAUAUAAUUUCUUUAAAUAUGUAUAAAAAAAUAAUUCCUAUUAGUUUUUCGUUUUAAUUAUAUUAAAUAAAAUGCAAUCCUAUCCCAUUUUUAAGCUAAGCUAUUGUUGUUAGACUGCGGCUAGUUUGUACAACAAACUAUUCACCAGUAAUAUAGGCGUAUACCAAUAAAAAUAAAUAAUAUUAUAUCUAGUUCCUUUUGUAAGAUAUUAUUAUCCACACCCCCUUGUAAAUUUUCUCUCAUAUUGUAUAUAAUACUAGAGAUGUACUAUUAUAGUGUUUUCUUACUGGUGCUAACUAUAAGUUUGAUUCCCUAAUGUGCCUCCCCGCCCCCCCGAAUCCCCUUAACCCUUUUCCUGUAUAGAUGUCACUGUAUAUUUUAUUUAUUAUUGCUGUUGGACUGACAAUUGAAUGUAAUAUUAAUUAAUGUAUCACCCUCUUGUUGUACAGUGUAGAUAUUAUGUGUAAGAUAUUUUAUAAAUACAUUGCAGUAACUUCUAGCAAUAUUAAAACA